GCAGAGGGGAAAGUAAUACUAGCUGCACCCAUAAGCGGAACUGCGGCGGCGGAGCGUAACGAUGGCGGACGUCCCGAGUGAUGCUCCGCAACACUGCCCUGGGACCAGCAGCUCACAAGCCGGGAAGAGUUCUGCUUGUCAGGGUUGCCCGAACCAAACCAUAUGUGCCUCUGGAGCAACCCAAGCUCCGGAUCCCGCAAUCGAGGAGAUCCGGGUGAAAAUGGCCUCCGUCAAGCACAAGAUCCUGGUGCUGUCCGGCAAAGGCGGCGUAGGCAAGAGCACCAUCAGCACGCAGCUGGCGCACGGCCUGGCCGGCGACUCCUCCACAGAGGUGGCGCUGCUGGAUGUGGACAUCUGUGGACCGUCCAUUCCAAAGAUGAUGGGUGUGGAGGGAGAGCAGGUCCAUCAGAGUGGCUCAGGCUGGUCACCCGUGUACGUGGAGGACAAUUUGGCCGUGAUGUCAGUCGGCUUCCUGCUGAGCAGCCCGGAUGACGCCAUCAUCUGGAGGGGGCCGAAGAAGAAUGGAAUGAUAAAGCAGUUCCUGAGGGAUGUGGACUGGGGCCAGCUGGACUACCUCAUUGUGGACACCCCCCCAGGCACUUCUGACGAACACCUGUCGGUGGUGCAGUACCUGUGCGGUGCCGGUGUGGAUGGUGCCAUCAUUGUCACCACCCCUCAGGAAGUUUCACUGCAAGAUGUCAGGAAGGAGAUUCGCUUCUGUGAGAAAGUGGGGCUCCCAGUCAUAGGCGUGGUGGAAAACAUGAGUGGUUUUCUGUGUCCUAAGUGCAAGAACAUGACCCCGAUUUUCCCUCCCACCACUGGGGGGGCAGAGAAGAUGUGCCUGGAUAUGGGUCUGUCAUUCCUGGAACGGGUGCCGUUGGACCCCCGGAUAGGUAAGAGCUGCGACGAGGGCAGGCCGUUCCUGACGGAAGUGGCAGACUCCCCCGCCGCCGCUGCCUACCGCAGCAUCGUGCGCGGGGUCACGGAAUACUGUGCAUCGAGGCGUCACCAAGGUGAUGCUGACCAGACAGCCGCGGGGCAGCGUCAGGACGGGGAACCCUGACAGCGGAACGAGGGCUCAUCACGGACGAUGAAACUCCCUGUACAGUAUCACACCCUGACCGGAUUUAUGACGUCGCUGCUUUUUAAUUGCCCUUUUUCAGGUGUUUAUAUCGUUUAGGUUGAAUAAAGGGUCGGAUCUGUGAAACGCA